GUCCGAACAGAUAAUUUUAAGCUACACACUCCGUCGAUACACACGACACACACUAGCACAAGAUUUAAGUUGAAAGGCUUACGUUAUAUCCGGAAGGUUAAUAUUAAUACAAUCGUGGAUUCACAAAGCGUAUCUAUGUGGUGGAAUUUGACAACUUGUGUUAUUGACUUUAUAUGGUCGAGACAUUACCUGAAUGUUUUUUGUUGAAUACACAAUGAUCUUGGGGAUCCUAAUCAAAGUUGUUAACAGUUGUACCUAUUACCGGACUUAUUAAUGUGUUCAUGAAUUCGUCAACCAUAUUUGGAAUACUUCUAAUAGUGUUAUUUUGAUCUAGGAUUCAAGCUUCAGUCGUAGUAUGGAUUAGAAAGUAGUCACAGAAUAGCGUGUGUGUAUGUUUGUUUACUAUAAAAGGAUGAGGAAGUUGUUUAUUUUGUAGCGAGAAAGCCAUUGUAUCUCGGGGAAUCCUAACACUAUUGAAUAUCAAUACAGGUUUCUGGAAACGAUCUAUAUUUAGAACGACUAGAAGGCUCCCCAUACAUGUAUCGAAGUUUUAUUGACGUUUUCUUGAAUAGUGUUAAUCGAGAAAAUGUACACUAGAUAUCUUAAGUUUAUUUUACAAGUAACGCUCUAUAUUCGCACGUAACAACAAUAAAGUCAUCGGUUUGAAAGACAUAAACGUUUAAUAUAGUUCCUUGUCCACUCACCCCACCCACCAUUUUGUGACCGAUGCUACACGGCGCCGAAUUCAGUAUUACAAAAUAACAAAGCCUCUAAAUGAUUAUUAUUUACUCAAAACACAUGAACAGUAUAUUCAGAAUAGGAAUAGCUCAAGUGGCUGUUUAAGAUUAAAAGUAAAAUGAAAAAGGCGCAUUUGAAGAAAUGGCGUAAGGAAUCAGUUCUAAAGGACGGAAGUUCGAUCCCUUGUUACCGGACGGCGAGGAGUGUUGACGAGGACUACACGCCCUCUAACGGAUACCACUAUGUGCUCAAUCUCAUCCCUAUAUCACCCGCCCACGGUGGAGAUUCCGACGGAACUUACCCUAUGGAUAGUACGGACACGGUGGAUCUGCGGAAGGAGAAAACGAACGCCAUCGAACUGGCAAAACCCCCCAACGGCUUCAUUUCGCCGUUGUCGUCGUCAGCGCGGAGCGGUUGUUAUGGUAUUGAAAAAACGUUGUAUCCCGCGCCGCAUAUCACUAUUGACACGUCCGAGCCAACGGACGGUAAUGUCUGUCUCGAUCUCAGUAAAACCGGCCCAAACGCACCGUCUGACAGGGACAGCAAGCGACUUCACUACAGCGGCGGAUCGUCUUUCGACCUGACGAAGAUCGGCGGAUAUGGCACGACUGGGUAUAUGGGGGCGUCAGGGCAAGCGCCGUAUUUUCAGAUGCCAAGGAUUAAACUGCAACCAGGUCUUGGUAUAGACCCAACGGUUUCGUAUAAUCCGGAUAUGGAAUGCCAUUACAACCCGCCGAUACCGAAACCCUUGGCCCCGGUUGUCAUACCUACGCCAACAUAUAAAACAAUUGAACUGUACGCGCCUUAUGUCGCUCAAAAUGGACUCGCAUCACAUGGCAGCAGUCCGGAACAAAGGUCGGACGCUUCCGGCGACUUUCGUAAUGUGGAGGUAGAGGAGGUUCCCGACAGCCGUAUACCGCUCACCGUGACGUCACAGGACGAUGACGUAGACAGCGGCACUGAAAGCAUCGACUCUAAGGACUCUGAUUCGAGUCUUCGACUCAGUCCUGGGAAUGACGACACUCCCGAAAGUAAGGACAAGUCUGACAGGAAAAGACCGGGAAGAAAAAAGGGACAAGUGUCCAAAGUUUACCACCUGUGGGAGUUUAUUCGAGACGUACUGAACGACCCUCGCUAUAGCGGCACCGUGAUCAAGUGGGAGAAUGAGGAGGACGGCAUAUUCCGCGUCUGCCAGUCGGAGGUGGCCGCUUCUAUGUGGGGCGCAAAGAAGAACAACCGAACGAAGAUGACGUACGAGAAAAUGAGUCGCUCCAUUAGGUACUCGCGGAAAGAAGGCUAUUUCGAUGAUCUCCCCAAAAACAAGGGUUAUCCCAAGAAACUGUGUUUCAAAUUCGGCAAAAAAGCACUUGGUUGGAAACUUAAGAAGCAAAGUGAACGGUUGUAGCGAUAUUUGAAACGAUCUCUGGGCAUCACACCAAUGCGGUCAAUAUACAUAUCUUAGUUCAUUCCAAUAACCCAAUGGACUUAGGUCUAAUUAUUUGGACAAUAAGUGUGCUGGUUUAUAAAUGGUCGUCGUUGGUACGCGUCGAUGUGGGUGGACGUCAGUGUAAUACCCAGUGUGUCGCUGUGCUGCUUACAAUAUGUUUCAUUUCUGACGGAAAUUAAAUACCGGUAGUUUGAGAAUAAUGCGUCAUUGACGAUGGAGACAUCCGAGUGAAACUAGGUCAUCGGGAAAACUUAUGGAGUACUGAGAACUCUAGACACACUAUAUGUUUUUUGGUAGUGCACAUGUUUGGUAUGAAACGUUCGUAUACUAUUUUGCGGCAUUGGUUAACAGUAAAAAUGAAUAUUUUAAUGGUUUAAUAAUGAACCUAGGUUGUAUGUCUUAGUGUCGAUGGGCUAGUAGUUCGUUCAGAAAUGUGUUAUGGAUGUGCCUUUAUUUGCCAUUGACGUCAUACCAGGAAGGACAGUCUACGAAUGAUGGUUUAAUAUCCACAUGGGGCUAAAAUGACGCAAUUUUUUCAGGGUUGCUUACUUACGGGCAUUAUUGAUUGAAAUGUAAAAUGAUAAUUACGAAUAUUGUUUCUAUGCAAUCGUUUGAUAUAUGUUAGAUCAUUAUUAUGCUAUUAUUUUGUUGAUGCGUGCAUAGUUUUUUACCAUAUCACCCUUAUAAAAUGAUUUCAUGUAUGUUGCACUUAAAUAUUCAUGCUGGAGCUAUUAUUAUUUUAUAAGACUUACCGACCAUUUGUACAUACUUGGUUUUAUAUUGUUAUCUAGAGUCUGUGAUAUUUAUAUUAUUGUUAUAAGCAUGGACUGGUAUGGUUAUUUAUGGUUGUACGACACCGCACAAAAGUCAUAGGGGGUAGGCAAAAUCCAUUACUCAACAUAAAAUGUUGUAACAAUGGGUGACAUAACUCAUUGCUCUAAUCGUUUUUAUUUUUAUAUUAUUGUUUUCAACCGAGACCAUAUCUUGUCAGAAGAUCAAACAUUCGCCUUAGAAACGACUGAAAGAACUUUGUAGCUAACGAAUAUGAUGAUAGUGUUUCUGAAGUACGUGGCACAUAAAUGCAAUAUAGUAAAUGAAUAUAACUUAAACUUAAGUAAUCAUGUAACUGUAAUUGCUUAAAGUUUAUAUAUCAAUGAACAAGCUAUACUUUAGUGACAGAAGCUGGAUACUGAACAAGAAGCUGUUCUAUUGUACCAUUACACACAACAUUGAAACCUUGUUUAAACUUCAUGACACGUGGUUCAGUCCAAUAUCCGUUUUAGGCGCUUGCGCUGCUUUACACUGCGAACGUAGAUUUUUUUAAAGGGCUAAUUUGUUUGUUGAGCGCAUUUUUUAUGCGAUCAAAUCUGUGUAGCUACUUGACAUGUGAAGAUGAAAUCUUUGAAAUCUUUUGCUUUGUGGCAUUUCUGUGCUUAUUUAGUUCGGUUUCACAUAUUGUAUUGACGCUUUAAGAAAUGUUAUGGUCUUGUAAAUAUGUAGUGUGGCUUUUUAUGUUACAUAUAGAAUAAUAGGUUAGUGUUGAUUAAAGAUCAGGUUUAUCAUGCGAGGCUUAGAAAACAAAAAGCACGAGCCUUGUCCAGCGUUUUUUCGUUUUCGUGCCGAGCAUGAUAAACCUGAUUUAUAAUCAACACUAAUCUAUUACUCUAUUUAUCCCACUUUUUAUUCAGUAAACCUUAUAAUUUCACUGGAUUUAUGACGUCAUUUUGUCGAAAAAAUGAAGUCAUUUCGUGCCGUGGUUUAUAGCAGAAAUUUAAUCAUGGGCUUUAAUCGACCGAAUUCGCUGUAAAAGUGGGAUAAAAGUUCUUUGAUCGUUGCGUUUGUUGCUUUAGCAAGUUUUGUUUUUGCCAAAGCGACAGGAAUGAAAACUUUUAUUUCCAGAAGUAUGUACCGAUUGAGUAAUAUAAAAUUGGAGAACUUUGUAAUUUGAAUGCAUUGACUGCUUUCAAAUGCUGUUUAAUGUAUACAUUAAUUUAUCUUUAUCUAUCACAAAGACCACACUCUAUGGAAAACACGUUUAAGUGUUGUGUAUUCACAUGUAUAAUGAGAAAGAUAGGUGAAAUAUUUUUCAGAUUUGUAUCACCGUGUUCAUGUGCUAUUUAACUGAUUAGUUUUUUAAUAUAACUGAACAUGUUUAGAAGUGUAUUGCUUUAUUUUUAAUGUAACUACUUGUGCAUUUGUUAAUAAUAUGUUUGUCCUUUGUUUAUAUACAUUUCAAAUGAAAUGUAAACGACACUUAACUCUGUACUUACUACUUUGAAAACUUGACUCUCCCAUCCAUCUAAAUUGGAUCAAUUUAUUUCCAAAAUUAGGGAUUUCUUGUAUAUUUAUUUAUAUAUUUAGAACAUUCCUUAAAUAAAUUUUCUUUUAAGCAAACAGCGCCGCCUCAUGCGGCGUCUCAUCUGGGUCUACGCUGUUUGCCAAGGCCUUUUUCUAGACGCUAAGCAUAAAUGGGCAAAUAGGGUCAACUUUUGCAAGUAUAUAUAUAUAUAUAUACAGUGUAUUUCCAGCAAUUAUAUUCAAGAAAUUGCAAUUUUCGACAGUUAAGUCCAAAGCUGUAUGCUUACAAAUCGUAUGUAUUAUAUGCGUAAUACCACCUAGGGAGGCUUCCCCUGUGUCGUACAAACUUUGGAAAAGAAAUAUAUGCUGAUCACAGUUUUUUAGUUAUUAAUACGUACUUAUGUUGUUUUGCCGUGAAUAUUUUCUUUACCCUCGGUACGUAAAGGGAUGCGCGUUAUAUUACAAUAUAUGGAUAUUAUCUUAGCAGUGUCAACUCUCAUCACUCUUGAUUGUUUAACCCAUUUAUGCCUAGUGGACUCUCCCAUCCUUCUAAAUUGGAUCAUAUUAUUUCCAAAAUUAGGGAUGUCAAGUAUAUUUAUUUACAUAUUUAGAUUAUUUCUUACAGAAAUUCCUGUAAGCAAACAGCGCAGACCCUGAUGAGACGCCGCAUCAUGCGGCGUCUCAUCUGGGUCUACGCUGUUUGCCAAGGCCUUUUUCUAGACGCUAGGCAUAAAUGGGUAAACCAAGUAAGGGGUGUGUAUUCCACGGCAAUCGGCUUAUAUAAGUGUUAUAAAAUAAAACCAAGCUCAUUUAUAUACUAGUACUAUAUUCUAGAACUAUAUAAUGUAAUUUACAUCUUAUAAAUGCUCAUUUAUAUUAAAGACAUAUAACGCGUGUCUUAUGUCUGAUCAUACGAUUAAUAAAGAUGAGAACGUA